AUGGCUGAUAUUGGUAAACAAGAAGGUGUUGUUAAACCGCUUCCCGCGCCACAACGCGCAAGAACCAUAAAUAUUGCCGAAUUUCAACAAUAUUAUCGUAAUUUUCAAGAGGGUAAUUUCCAUCAGUAUCUUGAGAAUAUUUUUUCAAAUUGUCGCUUAUCAUUUACUGCUAACCACGUUCUCGUGAUUUGAGGCGUACAGUUAUUAUAUCAUGAUCAAGCACAUUUACGAAACUUUAAAAAAUGUACUUUAUCAAGCAUCGUAAACCAAUAAGGUUAAAUAUUCUGCGGUAACUGAAAUUUUUGGUAAUUCUGGCGCAAAAGAGAGAUAUUUCUGAUAUCAAAAAGACCAAAAUAAUUCAAAAUAUCCAAAAUGAAUCAAAAACAAACCGAUUCUCACCGAAAAUUAACCCCAACUAAACUAUAAUUUUUUUUUU